GGGCGGCGAAGGCAGCCGAGGAGGAGCAGGACCGAGCGGCGUGCGAGCGAGCGAGCGAGCGAGCGACAUGGGCGACCGUGAGCAGCUGUUGCAGCGGGCGCGGCUGGCCGAGCAGGCGGAGCGCUACGACGACAUGGCCUCCGCCAUGAAGGCGGUGACAGAGCUGAAUGAACCCCUCACCAAUGAAGAUCGCAAUCUCCUCUCUGUGGCCUAUAAGAAUGUUGUUGGUGCAAGGCGAUCUUCUUGGAGGGUCAUUAGCAGCAUUGAGCAGAAAACCAUGUCUGAUGGAAAUGAAAAGAAAUUGGAGAAAGUUAAGGCUUACCGGGAGAAGAUCGAGAAGGAGCUGGAGACCGUUUGCAACGAUGUCCUGGCCCUGCUUGACAAAUUCCUCAUCAAGAACUGCAACGAUUUUCAGUUUGAGAGCAAGGUGUUUUACCUGAAAAUGAAAGGAGAUUACUACCGCUACUUGGCAGAAGUGGCUUCUGGGGAGAAGAAAAACAGUGUGGUUGAGGCUUCCGAGGCCGCCUACAAGGAAGCCUUUGAAAUCAGCAAAGAGCAAAUGCAGCCGACGCACCCCAUCCGGCUGGGCCUGGCCCUCAACUUCUCCGUGUUCUACUAUGAGAUCCAGAAUGCGCCCGAGCAGGCCUGCCUCUUAGCCAAACAAGCCUUCGAUGACGCCAUAGCGGAGCUGGACACUUUAAACGAGGAUUCCUAUAAGGACUCCACCCUCAUCAUGCAGCUGCUGCGAGACAACCUCACCCUCUGGACAAGCGACCAGCAGGAUGAAGAAGCAGGGGACGGCAACUGAAGACCCUUCGGGUUCCUGGCCCUUCCUCCACCCCCCACCCCGCCACCACCGAGUCCUCCUUGCCACAGUCACGGUAUCUAGUGCUAACCCUAUCUGUAUUGGCAUCACAGCUACUCAGACCUGCUCUCCUGUCCCUUAGGAAGCACUUUCAGAUAAACCUUCUUGGGCCUUGCUGGACUGAAGGUUGCUUAGAGCCCACGGGAGCUCCCUGUUGAGAGGUGCAGAGAAGUGCUUUCUGAAUGAGGCGUUUCACUCUGCCUGGUGAUCUAUCUGUGGCAAAUGUAGGUGACAGUAAUUGAGUUUAGAAAGGAAAAUUGGCCAACACAAGCUAUAGUUGAUACUUAAAACAAGCUGAUAGUGUUUUGUUAAGCAGUACAUCUUGUGCAUGCGAAAAUGAAUUCAAUCCUCCCACCUCUUUCUUCAGCUCAUGGGAAACUAUUGAGGGAAGCUGGUAUAGAGACAACUUGCUCCUUUCCAUCAGCUUUAUAAUAACUGUUUAAUGUGAGGUUUCAGUAGCACCUUGUUUUGCCUCUUUAAAUUAUGACGUGCACAAGCCUUCUUUUCAAUGCAAUGCAUCUAAAGUUUUGAUACGUGUAACUUUUUUUUUUUUUUUUGGUUGUGAUUGUUUAAGAAUCAUGGAUUUAUUUUUUGUAACUUUGGCUAUUGUUCUUGUGUAUCCUGACAGCAUCAUCCUUGUCAAUCAAAUGGGUGACUAUGAAAUGCCAGACUUCUAAGAAUAAAUGUUUCAGAAUUUAAAGGGUAAAUAAAUGCUGCUUUGGGGAUAUUA